AUGUAUGCUGGUAUGAUGAAAGAUAACUUGAAUGUGGAUUGGCAAGGAGUUCUGAAAUGGAACAAUGCUAGGCCUAGAGCACUCAUCACAUUAUGGCUGCUAUGUCAUGGAAAGCCGGCAACUAAGGAUAGGAUGAUAAGAUUCGGAUUGAUAACUGAAAGUAUCUGCAGCAUGUGUAAAGAGGCUGAUGAAUCAAUAAAUCAUAUUUUCUUUGAAUGCAGGGUUACCAACAAAAUUUGGAAAACUACCCUUGGAUGGAUGAACAUUGACAGGGACCCUAAAGGCUGGAAUGCAGAGCUCGAGUGGAUAGACGAGAACACAAAGAAAAAAGGCUGGAAAUCGAGUAUCCUAAAAAUGGCUUGUGCUGAAGCUGUUUAUGAAAUUUUGAGCUAUAGGAAUGCAAUAGUGUUUAAGAAGUAUACACAAUAUAGUGUUAUAGAUAGAAUUUUGGAUAACAUUGUUUAUAGGAGCUGGAUGUCACAAAAACAUAGGAAAUACAUAGCAUAA